GAAUCAUCCCUUCCAGUAGCACCAAUUUCAAUAUUCUAUAAGCAUAACAACUUAUUCAGCGAUGUCACAAUUAUUAGAAUCCUCCUACGGUAAAGCAAACGUCAAAUUCCUCAAAGUUAAGAAGAAUCCAAGCAAUCCAACUGAGCAAGAAGUCUUAGAAGCUAAUGUUCAAGUUUUAUUAAGAGGUGGUUUUGAUGUUUCCUAUACUAAAGCCGAUAACUCUCCAAUUGUUCCUACCGAUACUGUUAAGAACACUAUCUUGGUUGAAGCUAAGAAAACUGAUGUCUGGCCAAUUGAACGUUUUGCUGCUCAUUUAGCUAAACAUUUUUCAUCUAAAUAUGCUCAUGUUAUGGGGGUUGAAGUCAAUAUUGUUCAAGCAAAAUGGUCUCGUUUCAAUGUCAAUGAUGCUCCUCAUCCUCAUUCUUUCAAACACGAAGGUCCAGAAACUAGAAGAGUGUUUUUGGAUUACUGUAAAAGAAAGGAUAAAUUGGUUGUUAAAUCGUCUAUUAAAGACUUAACCGUUUUGAAAUCAACUGGUUCCAUGUUUUACGGUUAUAAUGUAUGUGAUUACACUACUUUGAAACCAACCAAAGAUCGUAUUUUAUCCACCGAUGUUGACGCUUCUUGGACUUAUAGCAGUAAAGCUUUAUCAAACUUUGAAGAUGUUUUCAAACAAGCUGAUGCUGGCUUAUUUGAUAAAACCUACGAAAAUGCUAGAAAAGUUACCUUGGACUUGUUUGCUCUCGAAAACUCUGCAUCUGUUCAAGCUACCAUGUAUAACAUGUCUCAUAAGAUUUUAGAAUUGGUUCCAGAAGUUGAAAAUGUUACUUACAUUUUACCUAACAAACAUUACAUUUUAUUCAAUUUCGAAUGGAAAGGUAUCAAGGAUAAUUCUGAAUUAUUCUACCCAUCCCCAGAUCCAAAUGGUUUAAUCAAGAGUACUGUCGGUAGAAAAGAAUCCGCUAAAUUGUAGAUGUAUAUAAUGGC